AUGCGUAUAGAUACUUUUAUUCACAGAGUUCCUCUAAGUAGUAAUGUUCAAUUGUCCAGUGAAUCAACUGUAGAUACACCUCAUCAUACUGACAGCAGUGAGCCACAUGUAGCACAAGUCAUUCAUACUAGUAAAGAAGGUCCGGAAGUUAGUACUUCAAAACCACCCAAAAUAAAUAGAAUAAAAACAGAAAAAACAGUCUCAGACCGAGAGACCCAGAAAACUGAGAAUGGAAACUCGAAAGAAACAGGAACACAUCCGUCUGAUUCCAACCUGUCUGAAACAAGCAAAAGACAAGAAAAAGUUAAACAGAUGAUCAAGCAUGCAUGGGAUGGCUAUUUCAAAUAUGCGCUGGGAGAAAAUGAAGUGAAGCCCCUUUCAAAGAAAGGUCAUUCUGCUGCUGUUUUUGGAAGAACUCAUCUGGGUGCUACCCUCGUUGAUAGUCUGGACACUCUAUAUAUAGCUGGUUUACAUGAUGAGUUUCAUGAUGCCACUAAAUGGGUUAAAGAGCAUUUUCAUAUUGCAGAGGUAGCAUCGCAAGUUUCUUUCUUUGAGUUUAAUAUUCGUUUCAUUGGUGGAUUCCUUAGUGCUUACGCUCUUAGCGGAGAAGAGAUAUUUAAACAAAAAGCUCUUGAACUAGCAGACAAAAUGAUGCCUGCUUUUAAUACUCCAAGUGGGAUUCCAAAGAGCUUAGUCAACUUAAAAACUGGUGCAUUAAAGAAUUGGGGGUGGGCAUCAGGCAAAUGUUCAGUGCUAUCAGAGAUUGGAACGUUACAAUUAGAAUAUCAAUAUUUAACAAUGUUAGCAAAGAAACCGAUUUAUUUAGACAAGGUACUGCAUAUUCGUAAGUUACUCAAAGAUGCUCCCAAAUCAGAUGGUCUUUAUCCUAACUUUAUCAAUCCUGAUAAUGGUCGAUGGGGAACUAAGCAUAUAUCUUUAGGAGCUCUUGGUGAUAGUUUUUAUGAGUAUCUCCUUAAGGCGUGGUUAAUUACAAGUAAACAUGACAUAGAAGCUCGUGAUAUGUUCUAUAAUGCCAUAGAGGCAUGUUUUUCAGGUGGUAUGUAUGCAUUAGCCUCAGUACAUGCUAUUAAUGGUAAAUCUAAACAUUACAUGGAUAUUGCUAAGAAUAUUACAAGAACUUGUCGUGAGUCAUAUGUACAAACAGGAAGCAAUUUAGGUCCAGAAGCAUUUCGUAUGGAUGGCUCAGGAAAAAUUAAUAGCAGAAAAAAUGAGAAGGUGUAUCUUUUACGUCCAGAGACUGUGGAAUCAUUUUAUUUAUGGAGACUAACAAAGGAUCCUAUGUAUCGAGAAUGGGGCUGGGAUGUUGUAAAGGCUUUGGAAUCACACUGUAGAGUUGAUACAGGAGGUUACUCAGGUAUCAAAGAUUCUUAUAGUGGAGAAGCACCAAAAGAUGAUGUCCAACAAUCAUUCUUUAUUGCUGAAACAUUAAAAUAUCUUUAUCUUCUAUUUUCUGAUGACUCAGUAAUAUCACUAGAUAAAUGGGUGUUCAAUACUGAAGCUCAUCCUCUGCCAUUACUGGAUAAUUUUCCUACUAAUAUGCCACGCCUUUCAAAUAACAAUACUGUUUCUGUGGAGAUUGACUCACAUCCCAAGUAUCAAAAGAAUAUACAAGAACAUGAGGGAAUUGGCAAGUUGUACAG